AGCUAGACCAGGACCGAGCAACAUGUGGCUGUCGGUGUUACCUACAUUUAUGCUCUUUCUCCCAACUAUAUGCGAACAGUGAAGAUCAAGCAAGCAUACAAGUAGCGCUGCUGAAGAAAUUGAGAACAUCAUGCAAGAAUACCAGUGCCAGGACUAUAAAACAUUAAUUGUUUCCCCUGAAAAUGCUUCUGUUGUUCCUGAAAGAAUUCAUGCUGAAAAGAAAAUAUACAAAUGCCAGUACUGUGAUAUGACAUUUACUCGAAAACAGCAUUGCACUAAACAUGAAAUAAUUCACACUGGAGAAGAUCCAUUGAAAUGCCAGCACUGUGAUAAGACAUUUAAAAAUAAACGGCAUUGCAUUAUUCAUGAAAGAAUUCACACUGGAGAGAAACCGUACAAAUGCCAGCACUGUGAUAAAACAUUUGCUCAGAAACAGUAUUGCAUUCAACAUGAAAGAAUUCACACUGGAGAAAAGCCCUACAAAUGCCAGAACUGUGAUAAGACAUAUAGAAAUAAACGGAGUUGCAUUGAACAUGAAAGAACUCACACUGGAGAGAGACCAUACAAAUGCCAGCACUGUGAUAAGACAUUUAAAAGUAAACGACAUUGCAUUAUUCAUGAAAGAAUUCACACUGGAGAGAAACCAUACAAAUGCCAGCACUGUGAUAAAACAUUUGCUCAGAAAGAGCAUUGCAUUCAACAUGAAAGAAUUCACACUGGAGAAAAGCCCUACAAAUGCCAGUACUGUGAUAAGACAUAUAGAAAUAAACGGAAUUGCAUUGAACAUGAAAGAACUCACACUGGAGAGAGACCAUACAAAUGCCAGCACUGUGAUAAGACAUUUAAAAGUAAACGACAUUGCAUUAUUCAUGAAAGAAUUCACACUGGAGAGAAACCAUACAAAUGCCAGCACUGUGAUAAAACAUUUGCUCAGAAAGAGCAUUGCAUUCAACAUGAAAGAAUUCACACUGGAGAAAAGCCCUACAAAUGCCAGUACUGUGAUAAGACAUAUAGAAAUAAACGGAAUUGCAUUGAACAUGAAAGAACUCACACUGGAGAGAGACCAUACAAAUGCCAGCACUGUGAUAAGACAUUUAAAAGUAAACGACAUUGCAUUAUUCAUGAAAGAAUUCACACUGGAGAGAAACCAUACAAAUGCCAGCACUGUGAUAAAACAUUUGCUCAGAAAGAGCAUUGCAUUCAACAUGAAAGAAUUCACACUGGAGAAAAGCCCUACAAAUGCCAGUACUGUGAUAAGACAUAUAGAAAUAAACGGAAUUGCAUUGAACAUGAAAGAACUCACACUGGAGAGAGACCAUACAAAUGCCAGCACUGUGAUAAGACAUUUAAAAGUAAACGACAUUGCAUUAUUCAUGAAAGAAUUCACACUGGAGAGAAACCAUACAAAUGCCAGCACUGUGAUAAAACAUUUGCUCAGAAAGAGCAUUGCAUUCAACAUGAAAGAAUUCACACUGGAGAAAAGCCCUACAAAUGCCAGUACUGUGAUAAGACAUAUAGAAAUAAACGGAAUUGCAUUGAACAUGAAAGAACUCACACUGGAGAGAGACCAUACAAAUGCCAGCACUGUGAUAAGACAUAUAUAAAGAAACAAAAUUGCAUU